UCACCAUGUGACAAAUAACUGUGACCCCCUUUUGCCAAAAACAUAUAGCAAAAGUUAUCUAAAAACUUAAACCAUACCAUACACCUUAAACCUCGGUGCCUUACCCACAAUUUAUCUGAAGAAAAAUCAAACAAAGGACGAGAAAGCAAGAAAUGCUGAUGAGUGGAGCGUGUGGUGGCAUCCGUACAUCCGGCUUGCGGUUGACUGAGAAGCCCUUUCUCCGUUCAUUCACUAGGCGCCGGCGACUCUUUGCGACGUCAUGCUCCGUUUCAAGAAAUAAAGAGAAGAUCAUAGUAAUAUCUGGGCCCACUGGGUCCGGAAAGAGCCGGCUUGCUCUUGAGCUGGCCAAGCGCUUGAAUGGUGAAAUCAUCAGUGCUGACUCUGUUCAGGUAUAUAAAGGCCUUGAUGUUGGGUCUGCAAAGCCAUCUUUGAGUGACAGAAAGGAAGUGCCACAUCAUCUUAUCGACAUAUUGCACCCAUCUGAAGACUAUUCUGUUGGGCAAUUCUUUGAAGAUGCAAGGCAAACAACAAAAGAUAUUCUCAAUAAAGGUCGUGUUCCUAUUGUUACGGGUGGGACCGGACUGUAUUUGCGAUGGUUCAUAUAUGGGAAGCCAGAUGUUCCAAAAGCCUCCCCAGAGAUUGCAGCUGAAGUGUAUUCUGAACUUGCAGAUCUACAAAGAGAUGAGGACUGGGAUGCUGCUGUGGAGUUGGUUGUCAAAGCAGGAGAUCCAAAAGCACGGUCUUUGCCUGCCAAUGAUUGGUAUCGUUUACGGCGCAGCCUUGAGAUAAUCAAGUCUACUGGAUCUCCUCCAUCUGCUUUCCAGAUACCAUACGAUUCUUUCAGGGAACAAUCUGAUUCUAGUGAAACAGUCCAGUCUCAUGAAAGGAACUCUUCUGCUGGUGUGCGCGAACAAAGUCCAAAGGAACUGGAUUAUGACUUCAGUUGCUUUUUCCUCUCAAGCCAGAGACUUGAUCUUUACAGAUCAAUUGAUUUACGUUGUGAAGAUAUGCUUUCAGGAAAGGGUGGGAUUCUGUCUGAGGCCAGAUGGCUUCUUGAUAUGGGUCUUCUUCCAAAUUCAAACUCUCCGACGCGAGCAAUUGGUUAUAGACAAGCAAUGGAGUAUCUUUUAAGAUGUAGGGGAAAAGGGGGUAGAAGUUCCACUGGAGAAUUUUAUUCUUUUCUAUCAGAAUUUCAGAAAGCAUCAAGAAAUUUUGCAAAAAGGCAAAUGACAUGGUUCCGUAAUGAGCAUAUAUAUCAAUGGCUUAAUGCUUCUAGACCCCUGGAAAGUGUGCUUGACUUCGUUAUUGAUGCAUACCAUGAUCAAACUGGAACUUUGGCUGUGCCUGAAUCUCUACAAAUGAGAAAAGACAUGUCAAGCCGCCGAGAAAUUUCUGAACUGAAGGUUUACCGCCCGAGAAACAGGCAUUUCAUUAGCCGCGAAGACUGUUCUGAUGUCCUAGACUGGAUAAUGAAAACUCAAGGGUAAGCCAAUGAACUUCUUCUUUCACUUAGACUCUGAUCCAUAUUGACAUUGCGAAUUCAAGUAUAUCUUUGAAGAUCACUUGAGCUUUUGUAUUCUCUUGUAUAUUUAAAACAUCAUUGAGUUCAUAACAAGGGCCUUGAUGAUGCAAUAUGCAGUGAAGUUGCGGACUCCAGCAGCCACAUGAUUUGAGCAUUUAUGUUUAGAGUUAGAAGCCAUUGAUCUUGGACUAAGAAAAGCUGUUAAAUUUGAACAUGUAAAGGUAUUUAAUCUGCAAAAGCAGAUUUUUAUUCUUCCAUUUUCAUAUUCAAUUUUGCAAACAUUUUUCUUUUUCUUUCAAAAGUUUUGCAUUGCAUAUAGCGACAUUGUU